CCUGGGCGGACUCCGGUGCACUGUGGGAUGGGAACCCGAGCGGCGCGUCGAGGCCGGAGCGGGCGGCGGCGGCGGCGGCGGCGGCGGGGCCGGCGGCGGCCGGGGAGCGGGGCUUAGGCUCUGCGGCUGACGGGGCGCGGCCAUGAACGCGGCGGUGGUAAAGCGGACGCAGGAGGCUCUGGGCAAGGUGAUCCGGAGGCCGCCGCUGACGGAGAAGCUGCUGAACAAGCCCCCGUUCCGCUACCUGCACGACAUCAUCACGGAGGUGAUCAGGAUGACGGGCUUCAUGAAGGGCCUCUACACAGACAUCGAGAUGAAGUCUGACAACGUCAAGGAUAAAGAUGCAAAAAUUAGCUUCCUGCAGAAGGCCAUAGAUGUGGUGGUCAUUGUCUCUGGAGAGCCGCUGUCAGCGAAACCGGCUCGGAUCGUGGCGGGGCACGAGCCCGAAAGGACUAACGAGCUGCUGCAGAGAAUCGGAAAGUGCUGUCUCAGCAAGCUCUCCAGUGAUGACGCGGUGAAGAGGGUGUUGGCCGGAGAGAAGGGGGAUGUGAAAGGACGGCCCUCACUGACGUCCAGACCCCAGGAACUGGAUAAUAAGAACGUGAGGGAAGACGAGUCCAGGGUCCGGAAAGACAAAGAGGAUAGAGGAAAUUCUGAAAUAAACGAGAGAAGUACAAGCAGAGAUCAGAAACAGAAAGAGGAAUUAAAAGAAGAAAGCAAGCCCCGGGAGAAGGAAAGGGACAAGGACAAGGCCAAGGAGAACGAGCGGGACAGGCACAAAGAGCCGGAGCGAGACAGGCACCGCGAAGGGGACCGCGAGCGUGCCAAGAACCGGGCGCGAACGGACAGGGAGAGGGAGCGGGACCGCGGCCCCCGGGAGCGCGACAAGGACGCGGAGCGCCGGAGCGAUGGCGGGAAGGAGAAGGAGCGGGAGCGGGAGCGGGAGCGGCGGCGGCUGCGCAACGGGGAGCCCGAGCGGAGCCGUGAGGGCGAGCGCAACCGGCCCGAGAAGAAGUCAUCAAGCUCAGGAGAGAUGUCUAAAAAGUUAUCAGAUGGAUCUUUUAAAGACCCCAAAGCCGAAACAGAGACUGAAAUUUCCACUAGAGCAUCCAGGUCAGUGACAACAAAGACGUCAAAGCGGCGAUCCAAGAAUUCAGUGGAAGGAAGAAGGGACUCUAGAACCAGUGAAAACAGUCUUUCCCCUGAAAAAGAACAUAACUCUUCCUACAGUAAAGCUAAGAAGGAGCAUACCGUGAAACAGUUCGAUGACAAUGCAGCCAGUCUGUGGAGAGGCAGCGCUGAGUCAGAGCCAGCCGUGAAGCAGAAAGGUGACUGUCCUAGUGAUGCAGAAUUUGCUGUUGGGCCCGCUGCCUGUCCAGAAAGAGACAUUGGAGCUCCCGGCCAGGAGAAGAGCGAGGCGCCGGAGAACCCCGAGCCCCCGCCCGGCGAGCUCCCUGCAGCGGUCAGGCGGAUACCUCGGCCUGGGAGCGCACGGCCCGCGCCUCCCCGGGUCCGACGGCAGGAGAGUGUGGAGGCGCUGACCACGGACAGGACGGGGAGUGGUAAAACUGUGUCCAACGUGAUCACCGAGUCGCAGAACUCUGACAACGAGGACGACGAUCAGUUUGUGGUGGAGGCCGCCCCGCAGCUCCCCGAGAUGUCGGAGCUCGAAAUGGCCCAGGCAGUGGAACUGGAGGAAGACGAGAAGCACGGAGGACUUGUCAAAAAAAUUCUGGAGACUAAGAAAGAUUAUGAGAAGUUGCAGCAGUCAUCCAGACCUGGAGAGAAGGAGAAGCUGCUCGUCUUCGAGUCGGCCUGGAAGAAGGAGAAGGACAUCGUCUCCAAGGAGAUAGAGAAGCUCCGGGUGUCCAUCCAGACCCUGUGCCGGAGCGCCCUCCCCCUGGGCAAGAUCAUGGACUACAUCCAGGAGGACGUGGACGCCAUGCAGAACGAGCUGCAGCUGUGGCACAGCGAGAGCCAGCAGCAUGCCGAGGCCCUGCAGCUGGAGCAGAGCAUCACGGACAGCGCCGUGGAGCCCCUGAAGGCGGAGCUGGCGGAGCUGGAGCAGCUGGUCAGGGACCAGCAGGACAAGAUCUGUGCCGUGAAGGCCAACAUCCUGAAGAACGAGGAGAAGAUCCAGAAGAUGGUGUACAGCAUCAACCUGAGUUCCAGGAGGUGAGGGCUCAAAGCUGCAGAGACUCCAGGGGGUCCCUCAACUUGCACGUAAGGAGAAGGCUGGCACUUCGCUCCCCAUGCGAGGUUUCAGUCUGAAGGCAGCCGUGAGCAGCUCACAAUGUCAUCCUCCUGGUUUUCAGAGCUUUACCACCUUAGGCACAUUUGGUGUAGGCGAGACCGUGUUUCCCUGCCUUCCUCCACUGGAAACUUGCUAGUUAUAAGCGAGCGGCUCUUGCAGACGCCGCCGGUGUGAGACGUUUCUCUGCAAGCCUGGUCUCUGCUGUCGGCUGUUGGGUUCUGUGCCAGUCUGUCCAGCAGGCGAGCGGUGCUGGGACCGCCCGGGACACGGGAGUCCGAGACGGCCAACUCCGAGCCUGCUGACAGGACUGCUGGAGCCCCAAGUGAAGGCUGGCUGCACAUUUUGACAGGAGCCUUAUAAAUGCAGUGAGGCCUGAAAAGCAAAGACUUAUAUUUUUAGCUCACUCCCACUUGCAAAGAGUUCAUUUCAGCCCGUGUCUUUAUAAAGUACCCACAAACUCUAGUUUUUAACCUCUCUGUCAUUGCGUGUACCUUAACACAAUUUUCUUUUUGCUCCUUAUUAUGUUUUGCUUAUUUUUCCAACCCUUAAAGUUCAUACAUUUAAAAAGGAGAUUUGACUGCGGCCUUCGCAGGCAUCGUCUGACCUGAGAUUGUCAUAGGCCACAUCCUCACUUUCUUCAACAUCGAACCCCUGGGCUUCCCUGCGAGCACAUCAGUGCAGCUGCGGGAUCCCUCAUCCUCUCUAGAAGCGAAGCUUGCUCUUCAAGCCAAUGGCCCAGGCCUGUUCCUUUGCCCAGGUGUAAGCACCUGUGCGCCUCAAAGACAGGUGGUUAGGAAAAGCCUCCAGAAGGAAGACUUAAAAGGUUGCACAGAUUUGCAAAAUUUUUUGAUGUUACCAUUUUUUUAGAAAUUUUUUUUAAAGCAAAAGUUGUUUUUUUUUAAACACAGUUUAUAUUUAGUUUUUCACUACAUAUAAUAUUGUAAAUACUGAAGUCUUAUAUUUGUGUAUAAAGGAUUUCACUGUUUGGAGACAUACUUAUGGGUCUUAAAGUCUGGGUCCUGACACUUGUAUUCUAGAUACUGUUAUUUAUGAUGUAACCCAAGCAGUGUCAUUUUAAAUGUUAGAAUUUCUUCAGCAAGUUUUGUUUCUUUAAAAGAUUAGCACAGUUAAGUUUUUCCUUAGUGUAAUUUCCAAAAUAAAUCUGUUACAAAGGUCGUUCUGUGAUUUUUGAAGUGAAGUUCAAGAUUGGAUUAUUAAGACGUGCCAUUGUGAAACAUUGGUCUUUUUCUCCUUUCUGUAGCUAACCAUAAAAUUCUGUCUGCUGAGAUGACACUAAAUAUUAACAGGUCAUUGGAGGAGGGGAGGUGUACCAGUUACCCAGGUCUUCCUCUGUCCACAGUCUCUCUCCCACUGACUCAAGUGACAGCCACCACCCCAGAGGGACCCUGUUUUGGGUCAGGUUAAGAAGUCUGCCUUUUAUGAAUUUGUAUGUAAGACUAGAGUUUUUGUGUUGCAAAAAAAUCACACACAUUGUAUGUGAGUCAAAUUUUGUAUGAAAUAGUCUCUCAAAUUGUAUCAUAAAAUUUAUUUUUCUUUUAUACAUAAAUCAUUAAAAACAAUCACCUGUUUUUUCCUA